AUGAUAAAAGCUAUACUUAUUGUAAAUAACAGCGGCAAGGCAAGGUUGACCAAGUUCUAUGAGAAAUGUUCAAUAGAUAAACAACAGCAGAUUAUUAGAGACUUGUUCUUAUUGGUUUCAAAGAGAUCGGAUCGAUCAUGUAACUUCCUAGAGGUUGAAGAUAUAUUCGAUACCGACACCAAGAUCAUAUAUAGACACUUUGCAACACUAUUCUUUAUAUUCGUAGUCGACUCAUCAGAGAGUGAGUUGUCAAUGAUUGACCUCAUUCAAACCUUUGUAGAGACACUAGAUAAGUGCUUUGAGAAUGUUUGUGAACUACACUUGAUCUUCCACGCAGACAAGGUACAUUAUAUAUUGGAUGAGAUGGUUAUGGGUGGACUGGUAUUAGAGACCAAUCCAAACAUCAUUGUAUCAAACUACGAUGCACAGAACAAGAUGGAGAAAGCAGAGAGUCCAAUCAUGUCUGGAUUCCAAGGUGUAUUCCAAACUAUCAAGCCUAGAUAA